AUGGACCGUGACCGCAUCGACUCAAUCGACAGGGGGGUCCAGAGACACACAAACACCUACAUACACGCCGUAAUCAGCCUCUUGAAGCAGCACGACAGACCGCUGUCCUUCGAGGAGAUUAAAGACAAGACAAGGAUCGAUCUCCACAACAACUAUGUGCUCUUGCAGUCAAUCAAGAGGAAUCCAAGGAUAGUUGCGACACACAGCACUUUGAUGUUUAAGCCUUUAUACUCGAUAAGAAGUGUGGAGGACAUGAGGAAGGUGGUGAGGGGGCUGGGUGGAGAAGAAGGCCUAGAGAUGAGCAAGCUGAUGGACUCGCCCGUCAAUGUCGUGCCCUUUGUCGAGGAGCUGAAGAAGAGCAACGAAAUAAUUAUACUCAAUGACAUAGAUGGCUCCGAAGUAGUGUUUUGGAACGACACACAAGAAAGCCCUGUUGACCCGCAGAUAAAGAGCUUGUGGAACCAGGUUAGGAUUACUACUUACCAUGACCUUAUAAGAGAGCUCAAUACCGCAGGGCUUAAGACAGAAAAGGUCGAAAAUGUCAAGAAGAGGCCUACAAUCAAGAUUAAAAAGGAUAGACGAAGCAGGAGGAAGAUUAGGAUCACCAACACACAUGUGAAAGGACUGGAUCUCAGUGGAGUGCAGGACGAGAGAUGA